CAGAAACCCUGUACCGGAUGUGACGUAGACUGCUCGUCUCUCGUCUGAUUCUCGUGUAGGAGCAGCCUUCAGUCAUUCAAGAUGACUACAGCUGCAAGACCGACGUUUGAGCCAGCAAGAGGAGGGAGGGGUAAAGGAGAGGGGGAUCUGAGUGCCUUGUCCAAGCAGUAUUCCAGCCGAGACCUUCCUGGACACACAAAGAUCAAGUACAGGCAGCCCACCCAGGAUGCCCCUGAGGAGGUGCGUGCCCGUGACUUCCGCAGGGAACUGGAGGAGAGGGAGCGAGUGGCUGUGCGUGAGAAGACCAGGGAAAGGGGACCCAGAGAACACACCACAUCAUCAUCUUCUUCAUCGUCCUCAAAGCGCCCAAGGCUGGAUCAGAUCCCAGCCGCCAAUCUGGAUGCUGAUGACCCUCUGACUGAUGACGAUGAGGAAGACGAGUCCGAGGAGGACAGCGAUGAUGAUGACACUGCAGCACUGCUAGCAGAACUGGAGAAGAUCAAGAAAGAGCGGGCUGAAGAGCAAGAACGCAAAGAGCGAGAGCAAAAGGCUGAGGAGGAGAGGAUUCGCAUGGAGAAUAUCUUGAGCGGCAAUCCGUUGAUUAAUUUGGCGGGGCAGCAACAGCAGCUAAACCAGGCUCCGACUACAUUCAGCGUCAAGAGGAGGUGGGACGACGAUGUUGUGUUCAAGAACUGCGCCAAAGGAGUGGACGAUGCACGGAAAGAGAAACGCUUUGUCAACGACACGCUGCGCUCUGAGUUCCACAAGAAAUUCAUGGAGAAAUAUGUAAAGUGAAGGACAUGACUUUUCGUUUCAUUUCACCGCUCGCCUCCCUUCAGCUGAGAUGGACGUUGACAUCAAUAACGAGGAUUAUCACCAAUCCCAGGAAUCGUACGUUGCUAUUUGUGAGCCGCCAGGCUUUGCAUAGUCAACACUCACAGUAAUUGUAUAUAAAUAAGUUGAGUUAUACCCUAAAGAUGCUAAAAGCUGAUAAUGUUUAUGAGGUUAUUAAAAUGUGUUUCUACAUCUGAGUGUCUCUGUAGGUUGUUUUUCUUUCUUUCUUUUUUUUUUUUAAAUAAACAUACAGAUUUGACUUUAAAAA